CCUAAGAUGGCCGAUGAAGGGGGCCAGGAAACCCACGGGCUAUUGUUGAUGGGGACGGUCGGCCCCGAUUAUUUUACGCGGGUUAAAGUGUUUUGUUAAAUGUGAAACGGAAUAAAAAAUGUUGUUUUAAAAUAGAUAUAAAAUUAGGUUUUCUACAGACGCCAAGCGAAGGUAUAUACGACGUAUCAAGGAAAACCAUUCGGAGGUUUGUCCACGUCCGAUCGGAUUCAACAUAAACUCGCGCGGCUGUGCUUGGCACGAGGGGCGAUGGCGGAGGAGAAGAAGUCGCGCGUGAGCGGCACGCUGCUGCCCGUCGAGUCGGUGAAGCUCAUCGGCGAGUCCGUGGGACUCGCGCAGAUGUCGGAGGACGCGUGUCAGCUGCUCGCAGAGGAGGUUGGCUUCCGACUCAAGGAGCUGUCGCAGGAAGCGGCCAAAUUCAUGCGCCAUGGCAAGCGGAAAAAACUGAGCACAUCCGACCUCGACCACGCCCUGAAGAUACGCAACAUUGAGCCCCUGUACGGGUUCCAGUCGGCCGAGUUCAUCCCGUUCCGCUACGCGAGCGGAGGAGGGCGGGAGCUGUUCUUCUACGAGGAGCAGGAAGUGAACCUGAGCGACAUGAUCAACACGCCGCUCCCGCGCGUGCCACUCGACAUCAGCCUCAAGGCUCACUGGCUGAGCAUUGAGGGUGUUCAGCCGUCCAUUCCGGAGAACCCGCCUCCCACGCCAAAGGAGCAGCAGAAGAAGGAGGCGACGGAGCCCAUGAGGAUCAUGAAGCCCGGACAGAGCGACGGGAACCUCAAGCCUGGACACAAGGCCUCCACGAGCGGGACCUCCGACGGCAAGGGCAAGGACAAGAGGAAGGUGCCUGCGGAGGGCGCCGCCGUGCGCGUGAAAGCGCGUGCCACGCACGAGCUCUCCGUGGAGCAGCAGCUCUACUACAAGGAGAUCACGGAGGCCUGCGUCGGCUCCUGCGAGUCCAAGCGAGCGGAAGCACUGCAGAGCAUCGCGAGCGACCCGGGGCUGUACCAGAUGCUGCCACGUUUCAGCACCUUCAUCUCCGAGGGAGUGCGCGUUAACGUCGCUCAGAACAACCUGGCUCUGCUCAUCUACCUCAUGAGGAUGACCAAGGCACUGCUGGACAACCAGACGCUCUACCUGGAGAAAUACCUGCACGAGCUGAUCCCCGCGGUGGUGACGUGCAUCGUGAGCCGCCAGCUCUGCCUGCGCCCCGACGUGGACAACCACUGGGCCCUGCGCGACUUUGCCGCCCGCCUCAUGGCGCAGAUCUGCAAGAACUUCAGCUCCACGACAAACAACAUCCAGUCCCGCUCGACCAAGACCUUCGUGAAGAGUCUGCACGACGACAAGACGCCGUGGACGACGCGCUACGGCUGCAUCGCGGGCCUGGCCGAGCUCGGCUUCGACGUGAUCAAGACGCUCGUCAUCCCGCGUCUCCCCGCCGAGGGUGACCGCAUCCGGCAGGUGCUGGAGGGCCCGGUGAUCAGCAACAUCGACAAGAUCGGGGCGCAGCACGUGCAGACGCUGCUGCUGAAGCACUGCGCGCCGGUGCUGGUCAAGCUGCGUCCGGGCCCCGACAGCGCCGAGGCCUACAAGGCGGACUAUGGGCACCUGGGCCCCCUGCUGUGCACCCACGUCACCAAGGCUCGCGUGCAGGUCAGCUCCUCCUCCUCCUCAAUCACCGCUCAGGGCCUGCAGCUCAACCGCUCCACGCUCACCUUCACUCACCCACAGGUGCGUGGUGCCAUCGGUGCCCCUCACUCUCUCGCGAGCCCCCAGACGGCGCUGCCCCCCCGCUCCUCCACCAUCAUCAAGGUGCCAGGCUCAGGGGGGGGGCUCUAUUCCACGUCCCUGCAGGGGGGCAGCGACGCGUCUGGGCUGCCCCCCAAGUUCAUCGUCGUGUCGGCCCCCACCGGCCCCACACAGAUCCUGCCGAUGUCCUCCUCCACCUCGUCGCCCUCCACCUCGUCACCCGCCACCGCCUCCUCGCUGUCCUCGUCCCUGUCGGCCACGAUGGCGACGGCCGGCGGCACGCCCACCGUGGUGAAGCUGCUCGCGCCCAGCCAGAAGCUGGCGCCGGGCAUCACCGUCUCGGUGAUGCCCUCCUCCUCCUCGUCCUCCUCGUCGCCCUCCUCCUCGUCGCUCGACGUGACCGGCAAGCCGGUGACGCCGGCGCCGGCGGGGGCGUCGUCCUCGCUGGGCGUCGCGGCGAGGGGCGGUGCCGGCAGCGUGCCGCAGCUCAUCGCCGUCAAGCAGGAGGGCGUCGACGGCCAGCCCAUGGUGGUGCUGCGCAAGCCGGGUGCGCCGGGACCGGCAGCAGGAGCAGCAGCAGGAGGAGCCACGAGCAACGCCGUGACGGUGACGGUGGCGGGGGUGACGGCCGCUGCCGGCGGUGGCGUUGGCGGUGCCGUUGGCGGUGUCGGCACGGCUUUGGGGACGGCGCCUGGUGGGACGGGCUCAGCGGUGCCCAAAUCGGAGCCCGGGACCACGGGCUCGGCUUAGCCCGGUACCACUGCCGUGGUGGUGGUGGUGGUGGCAGGGGAGUCGAGAUGAUAGUGAUGGUGUCUGGAUCGUAGUAGUGUUGAAUUCUCUAAAGCAGUGGAUUUACACCCACCCCCACCCACCCCCAGUCCAUAGCUACGCGCACUGCCGGAUAGCGUCCCACCCCCCCCCCCGCCUCCCCUCCCACAAGGGUUAUACUGCUGCUUCACACGGCCGCACGUAUGCUUGUGUGUAUCUUGAAAUCGUACAUGUUCGUGUUUGGACGUUGACAUUAUUUAGCGCCGAGCGUAGCCAACGGCGCUUAACGGAGGUGCGGGAAAGUGGCCAGCGGCCAGUCGCAUGCAACACUCUUCCAUUAACGUCGACGAUGAAUUGACCGUGGCUUUAGCGAGAAUCCUAUGGAGUUGGUGCUUUCGCUAAAAUCAAAUCUAUUUUACUGUUUUUACUUCACCAGGCAAGGCCCGCUAGCGCUUUCUCAGCAGCAACCCGGCCGCAAAUGAUAGCUCAGCCAAGUGGCUUAUCGCGUGGAAAUUUCAGGCAGUCUAAUACUCUGAACGCGGGAUGUUGAUUCUAAAUGUGGAGGGGAAAAGCGGAGGAUCCGGAGAAAGAUCUGCGUGACGGGGAGAGGGAGAGAGACGCAAACUCCAAAUAUACAGCAGCAGGCGUCGUCAGGGUUGGGAUCGAACCCACGACCUCCUGCAUACCGGGCGAGGUAGUUAACAUCUAGCCACCGUGAUGAUGAUGAGAGACGCAAACUCCAAAUAUACAGCAGCAGCAGGCGUCAGGGUUGGGAUCGAACCCACGACCUCCUGCACACCAGGCGAGGUAGUCAACAUCUCCUAGCCACUGUGAUGAUGAUGAGAGAGAGACGCAAACUCCAAAUAUACAGCAGCAGGCGUCGUCAAGGUUGGGAUCGAACCCACGACCUCCUGCACACCAGGCGAGGUAGUUAACAUCUCCUAGCCACCGUGGUGCCCUUGUUGAACAAUUAAUUGCGUCACAUGUGGAGCUGUGUGUGUUUCAUUGUUGGGGGGGUGGAGGGAGGUUGUUAAAUGUUCCAAGGAUAAAUCACAGGCAUAGUGGGUGCGGAACGGAGUGCAUUCUGGGGCACGUCAACGGGGGAGAUGGAGCGAUGGAAUCGGCACGUGGAUUGGUGGCCCGGUGGGGAGGCCUUCAUCCAGCGGUGAAUUGAUCACGACUGAGGAUCACGGCAAUGACGGCAAACAUGUUGUACGUACGUUGACGUUCUUUCGCAUCGGAGGUUGUGGGGGAAGGACAACAGAGGAUGACAUUUUGACACGUGUGGCGACGAGAGGUUGUUUUAUAUUCUUGGUUCUUUUGGUAAAGUCACGUAGAAGGGAAAGAACCAAGAAUAGGAAUCCCUGCAGUCGCCAAAGCUUUAAAUCGAAAGAGGUUGUUUGUUUCAAAAGUGCAAAUUUGUGGAGAAUGAUUUUAAACGAUUGUGGAGUUUUAGGAGCGGUGGUUUAGGAUCACGGGAAAUGACGCGCGCGUCCCGGGAGCCCGGAGGAAUCCCUCCGCGCUGUAUACGAGUGGGUGACGUUGAAAAGCGCCACACGGAUGGAUACAAGAAUCCAAAAUCUGUUUCCGCAGAUUGCUGAGCACCCUUCUGAGUCACGGAUUGUUUUUAAGGCGCAAAAAAAAGUUAUUUCCAGAAGCAAGAAUCCUCUGUGGAGUAGUCAGUGAUAGUGAUGAUUUACGAGCCUUGGUCGAUGCACUGCUAGAUGAAGGCAGCGGUAGCCAUGCUUCACCGCGCUGGUCAGUGCUGGCAGGAGAAUGGUGAGAGGUGGGUUCCCAGGAUCGGUUCGGGUUUCUUCGCUCACCGUUGAUGUUAGCCAGAAUCACUAUCAUCAUUUCGCUUGGGAGAUCAUCUCUGCCCGGUGCCUUUCCUGGUCUCAGACUCAGGAUCGCCUUCAGUACUUCCUCAACAGAUGGCACCUCAGCCAGCCACUCACAGGGGGUGACCUCUUCCAAUAUUUGAGGCACCGCAGCCUCAGCAGGGUUAUAUCCCCACUUUGUGCCAUGAUGUUUUCCUGGCUGAGGGAUUUCCCCUCCCCCAGGACCUCACAGAAAUGCUCAGCAAAUCUGCAAACCUGUUCCUGGGGGUCGGAGAUUGGAUCACCGUUUUUUCCCCUACUGAUGGUAAUAGGUGUGGCGCUGCAGGUUACUUUUUGCGGGCACGGAUGGCCGGGAUUGAGUUCAAAGUCAGCGGGUUCAGAGCGCGAGGCGCUAACCACUGCGCCACCGCUCUGUGUCUCGCGCGUAACCGACACGUGACGAUCAUGUGAUGUUUUAUUAAAGUUGUUUCUUUACACGCGCGGUGACGUUUCCGUUUGUAAGUCGGAAUCGAUUGUUUGUGAUUGGUCGAAAUGCAGGCGGUCUCUGGUUUACUGCGGUCCACAUUCACAGCGUUUAUGUAACGCCAUCGUGGAUCCAUUUACGACGCAGAAACUUGAUUUUACGACGCAUCUUCCGACGUGUCUCUGAUGUGACUUUGGUGUUGAGCUUUUGUUAUUCUCGAGUGUUUGUGUGGAUGUUUACCUAAUAAAUCCUGUUAAAUACGGCCAAUGCAAGGGAAAAACACACAUCAAGCAAGUGAUGUUUUUACUGUCUAUAGGAAAAAAUAGGGGUCCGGUUUUAUGACGAUCCGAUUUACGACAACGGCUUUUCCAUGAACGAAUUGUAACGUAACAGCGGGGGCCGCCUGUAUUAUGCAACUGGUGCAUGCUGAUGAAGUUGGUGGUGAUGGGGGUGAAGGUGGUGGUGAUGGGAUGAUAAAGAUGUGGAUUCGUGAAGCCUUCGAUAGCUGCACCAGAGGAAUUUCCAUUUGGUACAGAUACAAUUGGAGGCUGAUUGAUGCCCGGGUGCGGUCAAGGGAUGGCUCCCUAUUGGUCAACCACGUUAUGUAUGCCGAUGAUUGGGUGAUAGCUGCUCAUUCAGAGGAGGAGUUGGAGGCGCUGUUGCUGAACCUGGAGCGUGCCACUAAGAGGUGGGGCCUGACCAUCAGCCCCACCAAAACUAAGCACCUGCCUGGGUAUUUUGUACCAUCGGACACUCCACCCCCACAACUCCCAAUCGGUGAUGGGGCAGUUGUGGAGAGAGUGGAGAGUUUCCCAUACCUGGGCAGUGUGCUCAUGACGGGCUCCGGUUUGACAGCAGAGGUCUCACUCCGAAUCAGUCGAGCGGCAAUAUAUUUUCAUCGGUUGCGUAACGCUGUGUGGAAGCUACCAGGUCUGUCGCUCCGCACGAAGCUUCAAGUCUUCUCAGCCACAGUCAUGCCAUCCCUUCUCUACGCUUGCGAAACGUGGACCCCCCGAAUGGAACAUCUUCGGCGGUUAGAAACAUUUAGGCUGGUCUGCCUACGAUCCAUCCUGGGUUUAACCUGGCUGGAGUGUGUUAGGAGCCCACACAUUUUAUUUCUGUGAGCGAGGAAUGCCGAUGAAGGGCCGAUGCAGACCUCGAGGGGUGGUGUGGCCAGAACCAAGUGGCAGAGGUCGCAAACGGGUUUUGAUUCCUCAUCCGUACCCGGCCGCACCAGGGUCGCAAACAGGUACCCGUACCCUACCCGUACCCGGCUGAGUACGGGUAGGGUACGGGUAUCGGGUACCUGAUUGCGACCUCUGGGAUGAAAGCCAUGUUGCAGGCGCGGUUGGGUUGAUUCUAGGAACUUGAAUUGUGAGAAGAGACAAGACGUUGGGAAAUGAGUGACAGUUACCCACCAGUGACUCACGGCCUACCCGUACCCGGCCGCACCAGGGUCGCAAACGGGUACCCGUACCCGGCUGGGUACGGGUAGCCGGGUAUCGGGUAGGGUACGGGUAUCGGGUACCCGGUUGCGACCUCUGCCAAGUGGUAACUCAGCAUCGGGACUCAGAGGCAAGUGAAAACACAACUUUUGUGUUCGAUUCGUAUCACUUUAUUUUAUGUUUUAUUCACCAUACAAUAUGUAUUACAUUGUUAAACAUGCACGUGUACAAUAUUUAUUCUUAUGAGUCUAACAAGGCUUCCAUUUUCUGUGGGAACGCAACACAUUUCAUCACGCUGACCAUAUGGGCAUUUAAUAAUAAUGCAUU